AAUGAACAGAACCUGCCCACCGAAACACAGUACGCGACAAGGCCGGUGACACAGGAGACGCAAUGUUCGAAUUGCCGGAUGCGAAGCGGGUGCGCCGCGACGAGCUCCAGUCGCCCACAUCGUCGCCACGCUCUUCGCCGGAUCGAAACCUCGAAGAGCUUUUCCGGUCCAGGAUUCACAGCCAAUUUGCGUAUACAACGACCGAAGAAGUUGUCGAAGACGCUGCGCACAGCGAUGACGACGAGGCGGAACUGCGACUCUUUGCUGCACCUUCGAAUGCACCCGCGCAAACACACAAGAUCCGUUUAUCGUCCCCCACUGCCGACAGUGGAGAGCCGGGCCUCAUUUUGAAGAAGCCCCGAAGCUACUAUUUUGCCGAUGAGCCCACAAGUGACGAGGAGGCUGCCUUCCAGGCGGCAGCCAUGGAUGGAAAGGGCGUCUUGGAGCUGUCACAGCUGCCUUGGCCGGGUUGCGCCUUGCCGUGGAAAGUGUGCAAAAUCUCGCCGGCAGGAAUGAGAAAAGAAGUUCUGACCGGCCAUCCUCCAAUGCUGACCACGGUAGAGGAAAGAACACACAAGCGCACAAGAAAGAGCAAGAAGACGCGAAUUGCAAUUAGGAAGAAGCUGCAGGCGACCAAGGAGAAAGAGAGUGAGCAGGCACGGCUUGCGCAGGAGAAGCUGGAGGCGGAGCGCGAAAAGAAAACACGCAGGAACAGAGAAAAGAAGCUGAAGAAGAAGGCAAAAGAGCAGGCCAAAAAGGCGGUAGAUGGAGGGAAUGAAGAGACCAAGGAGAUUACGGGAGAUGCAGAAGGAGCAUCUGUGACUAACCCUACUGUCGCUCCCGCCGAUGACGCCAUGACCUAAACUCAACUAUGUGACAUUUUCAGGUUACAACAAUCACGCGGAUGCUGACUGGGCUCAACAUGCGCCUUGGAGAGCGUUCUCUAUGACAUGGAGCUCUCAAUCAUGAUGUUGCCCUUACCUGCUUCCCCUUGAAGCGCGCCGUGUGCAAGCGAUACCUAAUAGCAGUAUCUUUCCCAGUCUGCUUGACAGCGAGCGAAACUUGUGUGAAGACUUGGGAGCACAGAUGCGGAUACAAGUCCGUUGCAGAGCCCCGCUGCUCCUUCCAACACCGUGUCCACACUGUUCCUUCUCGAUCGGGGGCCGUGCAUGUUGAUCCACAUGGACGUGCAGAGAAGGGAAUACACAUUUCUCGCGAGACAUGUUUCCUGCGCUCCUUCCUUCCUGUAUGCAAUACGAGGCAGGUUGCCAAAGUAAAAAUAACUACCAUAUCAAACCACGCAUCUAUACGCCUCACUUGU